AUGUUUACGUGUCUUUUUGACUUAUUUCCAGUCGAAUUAGUUCAUCAUAUUUUUCAUUAUCUAUGGGCACAUGAAAUAUUCUAUGGAUUUACUCAAUUAAGUUCACAUUUAGACAACGUGCUUGUUGGCUAUGAUCGGUAUUCAAUCAGUUUGUCUUCUAUGCGUAAACGUGAAUUUGAUCUUAUGUGCCUUCACAUUCGACCAGAACAAGUUAUCUCUAUUACACUUACUGAAAAUAGUGAUACACCGGAUCAAUCAGAAAUAUUCUUUUCAAAAUUCGAUAUUCUACAAUUUAUUAAUCUUCGCUCAUUUUCAAUUAUUUCAUUGAAUCAGAGUAUUUUUAGACAGUUGAAUCUUUUGUGUCAACUUAAUCAUUUUCAAUCGUUGACGUUACCACACAUUUCAGACACGUAUUGGCGUCUUUUCGGAUCAAGUGUAGAAAAAACUCUACCUCGAUUGAAACAAUUGAUUACACGUGACUACCCAUUAAUGGAACCGUUGAACAACAUGAGAUAUUUAACAAUAACAUAUUCCUAUUGUCAUAAUUUGGAAUAUUUAUUACGUCUAAUGACUAAUCUGUAUUCUUUAAAUAUCACAUUGUCCCUCAAUGUUUCUAGUCGCUGGUCUCAAAAAGCACCAAUAAUGAAUCAUUUAAGACAAUUGACACUUUGCGUGGAAUACGGUCGAUUGACGAUGUCGAAAAUGAAUCAAUUUUUAUUAAAAAUGCCUUGUCUAAGGCAUUUCGAGCUUCGUAUAGACGAUCCAAUGGAUUUUAAUGUUGAUGAUCAAUGGGAAGUUUGGUCUCGAAAUUUAAAGGAUGAUAUCGAAGAUACUAAGGAUAUUAUCGAUGGAAAUCAAUGGAAAUAUUUAGUAUCACAUCUUCAAAUAUUUGAUUUUCGUUUUUGUCUUGCCGAAAGAUUAGACAAGCAGAUUCUUGAUUCUUUUCGAUCAUCAUUUUGGCUCGAACAAAAAAAAUGGUUUGUUUGCUAUGAUGAUCUUGAGUCAUCACCUUCCCUGUUUACCGUACCUCGUUUUGCACCAAAGGAUAUUACUUAUUUACUCAACUAUCAUACACCAUCGUGCACAUCAUCGGAUUUGAAGCUUGAUCAAUAUGUUCAUAUUUUGAAUUUACCUAUGCUUUGUCCAUUGAUGCAAGAUUUCAUUAAUGUGACAACACUAAGACUUCAAACAGACAAAGAUCUUAGUUUGGAUAGAAUUUUACCAUACUUAUCAUUACCUCAAUUACGAUCGCUUUCAUUGGUCAGUACAUCCUUACUGACACAACUGUCGACAGAAACAAAGUUUGAAUCAAUACGUUCUCUCACGAUAGAUACAUUGGAGAUAAAAUCUCAUGCUGAACAAAUAUGUAUCGUAUUUCCACGAAUCGAACGUUUGCAAAUCGAAAUCAAUGAUCAAGAAACAAUGUCCUUACUGAUUGAUAGAUUGAAACGUUUGUCAUUAGCCACAUUUGUCUAUCAUCAUUCAUCAAUUCUCACAAAUAUGACAAAGGAAUGGUUUGUUGAAAAUUCUUCACGAUUAAAAGAAAAUAAUAAUUUUACAUGCAGAAUCGAUAAAGGCAAAAUACACCUGUGGAUAAGUGUCCAUUAG